AAGAUAACGCCAUAAGCUUUCGCUUCUCUCUGUCCUCUCCUCUCCCGUCCCGGCAGACCUAAGGAAAUAUAAGCUUCCCCCAUCGUUUCAUUUUGAUUACGAUUGGCCUUUUGCAAUUUACCCCUCCGUACCCACUCCUUCACUCUCCCCGCAGGUGAUUCAGAUCGGGACGGGUCAGGCCGGGUCCGCUUCGGCCCUUCUAAGCUAUUUUUAUCUCUCCUCCCUCGACCUUGUUGGUACAAACGGUUCGACAUUUAUUUUCUUAUAUAAAGUCUCAGAAAAUUCAAGUUGAAAUAAUUUUUAUUCUUAGUGAGCCAAUCCGACUUGAAUUGAAUUAGUGAAAAUUUAUUAGACUUUUAGAUAACAUAGUGCAUACUUAAAAGGAAAAAAAAAAUGAAAAUGACUACUAACCUAAAUCAAUUCAAGUUAUUCGGCACCUCUUAUCCUUAAACAAAAUUUCGAGUUCAGUUAUUAUAAAUGGAGAAAAUUCACAUUUAUGAGAGCCUUACUCCUCAGUAAACUGACCCAACACAAAACUAUAUUAGUCGGGGCUCAUUUGAUUUCUUGAUACUGAGCGAUGCCAUACCAGGAAAAAAAUUGAAGAUUUUCUUCAUUUUUCCUUAAUGAAAUGGAUGAGACCAUUUGUUAGGUAGAUGCCUUUGUCUCGUCUCUGUUGUUCCUUUUCUGUCCAAUCCAGACCCCCAUACCACAAGAAUCUUCCCCUCAAAAGGCCCAUUUCUCCGCUCUACUCUUCCCGCCGCAACUGAAAAUGGCCGUUCCCACCUCCCUCUUGCCCUCUUCCCUUCUCCUCCUCCUCCUCUCCUCCUCCCUCGUCCGGCCCCUCUCCCCCGAUGAGCCCGCCACUGACUCCCGCAAAUCUCCUCCGCAGAGUGGUGGCCCCCCAGGUCCGCCUGCCAAUCCUUCUCCCUCCCCGGAGCUGCACCCUGCUCUGCGGAGGAGACUCUCCCCGUUCCACCCGAGCAUGAUGGUCAUAGUCGGAUUACUGACCACCAUGUUCUCCGCCACCUUCCUCCUCCUCCUCUAUGCCAAGCAUUGCAAGCGGGGCAGCGGUUACAGCUACUCUGGAAAUCUGUACCCAACGCACUACCCGGUGGGAACGAGCACUGCAGGAAGGAAGAACUCGGGGAUCGACAGAGCUGUCAUCGAGUCCCUCCCAGUGUUCCGGUUCCAGUCCCUCAGUGGCCAUAAGGAUGGGCUCGAAUGCACUGUCUGCCUGGCAAGGUUCGAGCCAUUGGAGGUUCUUAGGCUGUUGCCGAAAUGCAAGCACGCAUUCCACGUGGAGUGCGUCGACACUUGGCUUGAUGCUCACUCCACGUGCCCGCUCUGCCGGUACCGAGUCGACCCAGAGGAUGUCCUACUGGUUGAUCGCCAGGUGAUCUCCUCACCGCCACAGAACCAUGUUCUCGAGAUUGGUGAGGGCACAAGCCAGCCUGAGGUCCGAAGGAUCUCAGGUCGACACUCCUCAGCAGGGGAACGGGGACGGUUCCUUCAGUUCCUGCAACAUAAGCGGUGGUCUCUCGACCUGAAGAGCAAGAAGAGCGACUCUUCCAUCAACCUCAGGUGCGUUGACCGAAACCUGAGGAAGGAUGGCCUCCUGUUGACCAAUGAUUGCAAUCGUGAUCAACCACCAGUUGAGAAUGACCGCAAAAGGACAAGCGCUGAGGAGCGGCGGCGACGGAGGCUGGACCACAGGAUAAUAAUCUCAGCAGGAGAUCGGCAGAGGUGGAGCAAUGUGGAGCCGUCGGAUCUUCUCUACCUGCAAUCAGAGAUGAUAAUGUGCAAUGUCAGCCGCAGGAUUGGGAGAGGUGGAGGUGGCGUGAGCACAAUUAAUGGGCGGAGCAUGUCCGAGAUCACAGGUCUGAGCAGGUUUCAGAGUAUAGGAGGUGCUGAUAAAGAUAGAAAGAGCAGAAAUAGUACCAGUCAUAGUAAUGGCAUAAUUAACAGCUGCAAUGGACAAGAGAGGGAGAGACAGUGGCAGUGGCCAGAGAGGCCGCAAGAGGGACGGUGACAGGGUGGCAGCUCUGCUGGACUUCCCGGCCACGAGCUGUACAAUUGGGGCCCGUCAUGCUGUCGCUGUUGUUACUCAGCUUAGCUGCAACAUUUUAAUUUUAAUUUUUUUCCUCCCUGUGUUGAGAUCAGAGAGUUGGAUGCUAGCAGAAUGUAGUUCAGUUGCUGUCACACAACUUUAUACAAUAGAGGAAAAGCCAAAAGGGGCCCCCAGUUAUAUAUGAUAUAGAAAAGUAAGUUUCCUUUGCCUUC